CUAUGACACCUCCUCACCGUUGUGCUGUCAUCCGCGGGAACGUCUUCUGCGGUUUCUGUAGGACGUUAAAACUGCGAAAGUGUUGCUUAUACAUUUUUGACAAAAGUCUAACUCUGACCAUUUCAUCAACACUCUCAGCUUUCACUCUCAAAUCUCUAAAUCUAAGCCCAUAAACCCUACUACCCCAUUCAAUUUCCCAUCCGGAUUUCAUAUUACAUUUCAUGUAGUGGAGCUGUUUCUCAAUUCGGAUUAACAAGAAUAAUAAAAAUGUCAUCCAUACAUCAAAGGCAGCAAUUGCAGCAGCAGCAUCAGCAGCAUCUUCUCUCGGACUCCUACCCAAUUGCGCUCCGCAGCUCGCCAAAUUGGGGAACAUCCAUCUCCGUUUUCGGCCGAACAGGGCUCUUGGUGCUCUUGACGUUGGUGGUAGUAUUGGGUGUUGUGCUGCCAGGAAUGAGAGCGCCUGAUGGCCUGUUUGGUGGAUCCAAAGUUUCGGUUUCCAAAUGGCGAGAGUACACAUUGGAAGAGGCUGUCCCCUUUGCGGCCAAGAACGGGACUUUGAUCGUUUGUGCAGUGAGUCAGCCUUAUUUGCCGUUUCUCAAUAAUUGGUUGAUUAGCAUUUCCAGGCAAAAGCAUCAGGACAAGGUGCUGGUGAUUGCUGAGGACUAUGCCACGCUUUAUGCUGUGAAUGACAGGUGGCCUGGCCAUGCUGUUCUUGUUCCGCCUGCCCCAGAUGCUCAAGUUGCCCAUAAGUUCGGUUCUCAGGGUUUCUUUAAUUUUACUUCUCGAAGGCCUCGCCACCUACUGUACAUUUUGGAGCUUGGAUACAAUGUUAUGUAUAAUGAUGUUGACAUGGUAUGGUUGGCUGAUCCAUUUCCUUAUUUGCGAGGAGAUCAUGAUGUGUACUUCACUGAUGACAUGACUGCAGUGAAACCUUUGAACCACUCUCAUGAUUUGCCACCUCCAGGGAAAAAGGGCCGCACUUAUAUAUGCAGCUGCAUGAUUUUCAUGCGCCCCACUGAUGGAGCAAAACUGGUUAUGAAAGAGUGGAUUGAGGAACUUCAAGCUCAGCCAUGGUCCAAUGCGAAGAAAUCAAAUGAUCAGCCUGCCUUUAACUGGGCACUGAACAGAACUGCAGCACAGGUGGAUCUCUACCUGCUUCCCCAGGUAGCAUUUCCUACAGGAGGAUUAUACUUCAAGAACCAGACAUGGGUGCAAGAAACAAAGGGGUUGCAUGUUAUCAUCCAUAACAAUUAUAUCACAGGUUUUGAGAAGAAGAUAAAGCGCUUUCGUGACUUUGGGCUCUGGUUGGUAGAUGAUUAUGCACUGGAGUCCCCGCUUGGAAGGAUAUAACUAGCUGAAGGAUCUUAAGGAUACCCGUCUACAGCUCAGUCAUGCUUGAACCCAGCAUGAAAUGCAACCUGUGAUUAGCUCUGUCAUUUGUGCACAUCAGCCUCAGAUGUGGAAUCAUAUGGAAGGAUGGUCAGCAUUGGCUUCCAAUUUUUCCCCGUGCUACUUGCCUCCUACACUUCCAAGAAUUGCACUGAAUGCCAACUGCAGAAAGUGCAGCUCUUUUCUGGAUUUGUUUUUCCUAUUUUCUGAGUUAGUUUGGCAUGAAGAAGACGAAGCUGAGUUUGAAUAGUUCCUCUUGAUGUUCUUUUUUCCAGAAUCCCCACAUUCUUUACUACCUAUGAACUGCUCAAGCCUGAAUUCUGCCUAUUGUACUUGGUAGGGUGAAAUUUUAUGUACCCAUUGAGGCAAAGCACCCCAAUGUUUUUGGUUCCAAGUUCUGUAUCAUUUACUCAUACUUUCAUCUUAAAAAUGCUUCUAACAUAGUGUUGUUGAGUAA